AUGGAAGAGACACAGGGAGUUCAGAAUGCCUACUUGAUUAGCGAAAAUAAAACAAAUUCCUUAAACAUCAUCCAGCCGGAGGAAGUUGAAUUCCAUCAUCCCACAACAAUCAAUUGCAGCUUCACUGUACAAGAGAAGAGGAUUAUUUUAAGGACAGAAGUCUACUGGAUGAUCGGAGACCCAAGAGAGAGCUACAUCUACCAUCCAAACCCGGACUACAUACACCCAGAUUACAGGGGAAAGACCAGAUUGGUGGAUGGGUCCAAUCUUCUUCUGGAAGACUUCCAUGGGCCAGAUAACACCACCUUCUACUGCCGAGUCAUCAUAAGACGAUGCUUGGCUACCGAAAGACAUCCGGGCCUCACAGUGACAAUCUUAGAGGAUGGUGCCGGAACACAUUUAUUGGUUAAAGGGAAUACGUGGUAUCAUGCUAAAAUUCUUGCGGUUUAUGUCGGGCUCAAAGCAUUCCUAAGUCUUUUACUUUUAAUAGCAGCCAUGAUGUCCCGUGUACUGGUCCUACUCAUGCUGUGUCUAUGGGUCAGACUUCAUGAAACCUCUGGACAUGUGUGUGUUGAUCAGCCUGCAAGAACGGAAUCUAUAGAAGGGACGUCGGUCACCAUCCCGUGCCAAUUUUCAUUUCCAGAAACAAAGAACAGCAUUGAGUCCGCAACAUUCAUUGUGAGAGCAUCUGAUGAAAAUUUCUGUAGAGGGGAUGAUAAGAUCAUUUAUAACUCCAGUAUAGUAUUCUUCUCCCCCAAGUAUCAGGGAAGGCUAAAUGUGACAUUCGAUCUAAGACACAGAAAUGCCUCAAUAACCAUAAACAAUGUAAUGCAGGAGGACGCUACACAAUAUUGCUGCCGCAUAGAACUGAGUUUUCUUGAUGGGAAAAAACGGCAAUGGCAAACCCCAGAUGGCACACGGCUUACAGUGAAAGAUAGGAAUGAACCCGGUCUGGAGACAAUACCUCUGAUCUUUGCUGCUCCUGGAGAAAAUGUGACACUUCUGGGCCACUUCACAAGUGACAACCUAACAUCUGCAAGUGAUGUCACCUGUCAUGUAAAGAGGACCGCAGACAGAGGUACUGGAUGUGACCGCGGCAUAAAUAUAGGAGAAUGCACCUAUAAGAACAAUGCUUUAUAUUUCCAAAUCAACCAAGUUACCAGUGAGGAUAAUGCCUUUUAUUGCUAUCAAGUGAAAAUGUCUACUAAUAAUGAAGAGAAAAACACAUAUUACUAUCUUGGACCACAACUUCUUAUUAUAGGUGGGUGA